AUGGAUUCGAAUCAACCAAUAUCGGCAGAGUCAGAGCGAGUUCAGGGAUCGGUUUCAUUAUCAGUUACCUGUGGCAUAGUAAAGUAUUCCACCAAUGUACGUUAUAUCUUCAGGAUCAGGCAGUGGGAGAAGGCAAACAGAGUAGCCAUGGCAGCAUCAAAACAGCUUCCGUUCUUCACAGAAGCUGCUUCUUUUGCUCCAAUGCCCUCAUCAAAUCGAAUCUCCAUAACCAUAUUCGGACAUAUGGUUAUUGUGGAACUGUGCACAGCCCACAUAAACCAGUGGUGGAAGUUGUAUAAAGUCCAGAGGAUGAAGAGGGUUGAAGAUUUUGAGAGGGAAAAGAGAAAGAGGAUCUUUAGAGGUGGUGGCAGAAAAGAAAGAGCAAAGGUGACGGUUAAUGUUCUUUCUGAUAACUCAUCUCUUGUCUUUCAUUCAUAUAAUAGGGAAUCUGAAGCUUCAAUUGAAUUUGACAUUAGCCAUUAUAGAUUGAAUCAUUAUAAUUAUCUUCAGUUGAAAACAAAUAAAAGGUUCACAAUUAUACUGAGAGUUUGCAAACUUCAGAAAAGCUUUACCUGUGGUGAAGCUUCUGCAGUCAGUCAUUUCCUAGGCCAAGAAAUGAUUGUUCUUGUAAGGCUUAAGGCUUCUGCAGUCACUUAUCAAAAGAUGGAGAAGACAGAAAUACAGGGCAAAGAUCUCAAAAGAUCCAGAGCUAAAACCAAGGCAAGCUCCAAACCACUAAAACGGAAGAGGUCAGAAAGCAAUGGUAGUGGUUCUAGGAAGAUUCCAAAAAAGGAAGCUGCCUCCUCCAUUUCCCACUGCAAAGCCAUUUUCUUGACAGAUAAAUCUACUACAGUUGAGACUGAAAGUUUUCAAUUUCGAAAUGAAGAAGUAGCUGCUAUACAAUUGACCAGAGUAUGCAGGGAUGAUUUUCUGCCAAAUAGAAGGUUGACAGCCUUUGUAUUUCAUGAUGAAUUCGGUGAACCACAGCCUGUUGAGAUGGUUGAAGAGUGUAAUCUAUAUAUUUCAGGUCUAAUCUUGCCUUUGGAGGAUGCUUGUGAUGAUGAAAAGGAGACGAGGAUUCGUUGUGAAGGGUUUGGGCCCAUAAUAUCAUGGUCAUUGUCGGGGUAUGAUGAUAACUCACCCAUUAUAUGGGUUUCCACAGAAGCAGCUGAUUAUGAAUGUAUUAAGCCUGCUACUGUCUACCAGAAGCAAUACAGUCUUUUCUUUCAGAAAGCAUGUACAUGUGUAGAGGUAUAUAGAGAGCUAUCAAAAUCUUGCGGAGGCAACCCUAAUCUUAGUCUUAAUCAGUUACUCACAGCUAUUGAUCAUUCAGUGACAGAAAGAACAAAUGUUCCUCGUGGAGCCUCUGUGAAGGACCUAAUCAUUUCAUGGGGUAGAUUCAUACAUGAUCAACUUAUUGGCUUGGAUGAGACAGCUCCCAAGAAUGAUACAAUUUUUAGGAAUCUACCUGUACUUGUGUCCCUUAGGGAUGCCUCAGAUAAAGCUGCUGGUUUAGCAUCUACAAGGACAAAAUUAAAGAGAAGGAAGAAUAAGGUUUUCUCAUCCACUAAGAUUGAGUAUGACAUAGCAGAUAAUUAUCCACCACCAGCAUACUAUCAAAGAGGUAUAAAUGAGAUAGAUGAGCGUGCUGUAUUCAAGGGUGAGACUGAUGAUGCUGAUCAGCUUCCUCACCAUGUGCUUCACAACUGGUGUCUGUAUGGCUUUGAUGGGAGUUUCAUUUCUCUAGAAUUCCUUCAAUUGAAUUCUUCUUCUGUAAUAGAACAGCAGAUUUACUGCUCAGGGAUUGCCACAAUUGGUGAUGGAAGCAGAUUUUGUCUUGACACUUGCUCUAAUUCUCCAAGUUCUCCAACAGUAAUAAACGCUGACAGAAUACCCGUGUACUUGAGUACGAUAAAGGACUGGAAGAUUGAAUUUAAAUCAUCAACAGUAUCCAUCUCAAUCCGAACAGAUAUAGCCUGGUAUAGGUUGGCAAAUCCAUUGACACAGUAUGGUCCAUGGUAUGAACCUGUUCUGAAAACAGUAACUUUAGCUGUUAGCAUUGCUGAAUUGUUGAAGGAACAGAGAAGAGCAUCGAGGCUUUCAUUUCCAGAAAUCGUUAAGAGAAUCUCAGAUUUCAACGAGGGACAUCCUGCUUACAUAUCCUCCAUUUCAGCGGAUGUUGAGAGGUAUAUAUUUGUUCAUGGGCAAACUAUAUUGAAGCUAUUUGCAAACUAUCCUGAUCCGUCUAUCAGAAAAUGUGCUUUUGUCAGAGGCCUUAGGGAUAAUUUGAAAGAACUACAUCGCUCUAAGUUGGUAAAGAAAAAGAUAUUCCCAAGCCAAAAAGAACAUGUGAAUUUGGAAGCUGCAGUACCACACAAAACCUCAGAGACAAAAGCAAUGCCAGCUACUACUACCAAACUAAUCAGCAGAAUUUGGCACAAGUAUUGCUCAAAGUACUUGCCUGAAGAUUUCAACUAUGAAGAUACUGAAGCGUUGCAAGAAACGAAAAGCAUUUUUGAUGAGAAUUUCAAGAAGUUUUACUGUGUUCCAAAGAGAAAAUCGCAGUGUGCUAGCACAAAAGUCAGAUGGGACAGAGAAGAAGUUGGGAAAACAUCUUCAGGCGAGGUUUUCUACAAACGGGCUAACUUUGAUGGACUUGUGGUUUCUGUGGGUGAUUCAGUACAAGUGAAAACAGCUGAUUCAGAGGAAAGCCCUCCUGUGUUUUUUAUAGAGUACAUGUUUGAAGACUCUGAUGCCAGAAAAUUAGCUCAUGGAAGACUCAUGCUUAGAGGAUAUCAGACAGUUCUUGGGUAUGUUUCUGACAAGCGGGAAUUGUUUUUGACUAAUCAUUGUCAGGAAUUUGGGCUUUCUGAUAUCAUAGGGACCAUGCCUACAGAAAUUCAAUCAGUUCCUUGGGGCUAUCAACAUCGGAAGACAAAUGCUGAUAAUCAUAAGAUUGAUAGGGCAAGGGUAGACAAGAAAAUCAAAGGGAAGCCAACGAAAUUCUUCUGUAGAAGUUUGUAUUGCCCUGAAAGAGGUGCUUUCUUAUGCCUAAAAACUAGUUCAAUGGGCCUUGGUACUGGGUAUUGUGACUCUUGCAAGAUAAAGGAACUGCGCAACACAUCGGUAUUCAAGCUGAGUAGGUACAAUUUCACCUUCAAGGGAACCAAGUGUCAUAUUCAUGACUUCGUUUAUGUAACCCCCCAUUCUAUAUCUGAUGAGACAGAUAAAACUCCUAAGAACGCAAGAAGUGUGGUUCUUAAACCAUUCACUGUCUGCCAAUUUCUGGGGAUUGACCAGCAUAAGCCAUUUAAAAAUGCUGACCCUGAAUCCACGAUAGUUAAACUUCGGAGAUUUUUUAGACCUGAGGAUAUUUCAGCAGAUAAAGCAUACCAUUCUGACAUCCGAGAGAUAUAUUACAGUGAGCAAGUGAUUAAGGUGCCUGUUGCGGCUGUAAAAGGGAAGUGUGAAGUAAGGGAGAAGGAAGAUCUGAAUCCCAUCCCAACUACUUAUGUAUCUCAGCAUAUUUUCUUCUGUGAACAACUAUAUGACCCUAUAUCUGGAGCUUUGCAGAAGUUACCACUUCAAGUCAAGCGGAGUCUUUCGCAAAGGAAAUCAGGUAAAACUGCAUUAAACAGAAAGACAUCACAGAAGCGUAAAAAAGGAGAAAGAGGAUUUCGUGGAGAGUUUGCAGAUUGUAACAAGUUUCUUGCCACUCUAGAUAUCUUUGCUGGUUGUGGUGGCCUAUCUUCAGGCUUGGAACAAUCAGGUGUUUCAAAGACAAAAUGGGCAAUUGAAUAUGAAAAAUCUGCUUCGGAAGCAUUUCAACUAAAUCAUCCGGACGCGACAGUGUUCACUAGAAAUUGCAAUGUCAUCCUAAGGGCCAUCAUGACAGUCUGUGGGGAUGCAGAUGAUUGUAUAUCAACCGCUGAGGCUGCUGAUUUGGCUGAUAAACUUGAGCAAAAGGAAAUUGAUGGUCUGCCGCGACCUGGGGAUGUUGAGUUCAUCAUUGGAGGCCCUCCAUGUCAGGGGUUCUCUAAGAUGAACAGAUAUAAGGAAAGGUCUUGGAGCAAGGUCCAAUGCGAAAUGAUAUUAGCAUUUUUAUCCUUUGUGGAUUACUUUCGACCCAAGUUCUUUCUCCUUGAGAACGUCAGGAACUUCAUAUUCUUUAACAAAGGGCAAAUAUUUCGCUUCACAUUGGCAUCGCUCCUGGAAAUGGGAUAUCAGGUGAGGUUUGGCAUUUUGGAAGCUGGGGCAUAUGGAGUUUCUCAAAACCGUAAAAGGGCAUUUAUAUGGGCAGCUUCCCCUGAAGAGAAUCUACCCGAAUGGCCUGAGCCGAUGUAUGUUUUCAAAGGCCCAAGACUCAAGAUCCCAUUAGGGGGAAAUAUUCACUAUGCUGCAGUUGGUAGCACGGCAAAUGGUGCUCCAUUCCGUGCAAUCACCAUCAGAGAUACAAUUGGGGAACUCCCUGCAGUGAGAAACGGGGCAUUAAAACCAAUAAUGGAGUACAAAAAUGGACCUAUUUCUUGGUUUCAAAACCAAAUUCGAGGAGAUAUCCAGGAUCUAAAAGACCACAUUUCCAAGGAAAUGAACGAGUUAAACCUCCUAAGGUGUCGAAAAAUUCCAAAACGUCCUGGUUCUGACUGGCAUGACCUUCCAGAUAAACAGGUUGAGUUGUCAAAUGGAAAGGUGGUUAAUUUGCUGCCCUCAUGGUUGCUCAAGACAGCAGGAAGAAAUAACCAGUGGAAGGGAUUAUAUGGAAGGUUGGAUUGGGCAGGAAAGUUUCCUACAUGUAUAACUGAUCCUCAACCUAUGGGUAAGGUUGGAAGAUGGUUUCAUCCUGCUCAAGAUAGGAUACUUACUGUGCGUGAAUAUGCUCGAGCUCAGGGCUUUCCAGACAGCUAUCAGUUUGCUGGUAAUAUUCAACAGAAACACAGGCAGGUUGGGAAUGCGGUCCCCCUUCCUUUGGCUUUUGCAUUAGGGAGGAAAUUGAACGAAUCCAUCUUUGUCCGAAAUGCGCUACUACAUCAAUCUUAGGUAUUAAUUUUUCAUGAAGAGAUAUAUACUGGUUGCUUAUAAUGAACUCGCUAAUUAGUUUGUGGAAUACUUAUGGUUUACCGCGAAAUUUGUUUUUGAUUUUGAUGAUUUGCGUAAAGAAUAUGUGUUUGAGUAUCUCAAAUCUGGUAAAGAUGCCUCAGUUGAGGUAUUAAGGUGCGCAAACCAGGUUGAUCCCUUACUGGCCUUACCGGAGGUGUAAGUGCCUCCUCUUUCCUUACCCGUUGAAUCCAGAAUGAGGAAGACGGUGUAACUGUCAGAAUCAUUAUGUCGUAGGAAAAAA